GGAACUGGCGAUGGAUCGAAAUCUUUCGCUAGGGAUAUUCGAGCGAUGGAAGGAAGAAAGGGGUAUAUUUUUGGGCUUGGCCUUGUUUGGAUUUUAGGGAUUGGAUUGGGGAAAGGAGGAAGGAUGCUGAUCGAGGCGGACGUCUACGAGGAUUACAUCCUUUGCGACAAGCAGCGAGCUCGCAGCGAUGGCGGCGAUGAUGGCCGCGACCGCGGUGAUGACGAUCGCGCCUCCCAAGAAUCAUGCGUCGUCGAUCCUCCUCCUCCAGUGCCGGCGCCAGUGAUUCCCGAGAAGAAGGAGGCGGUGGAAGAAGAAUCGCAGAGCGCCGCCAAGAUCAUCGAUUCCUCGGCGGCGCUGCGAUGGAUGCAAGAGCUCGGCCGCGAUUACAAGGCGUAUCGGCUCCAGAGCCUGGGAUUUCUCGUCCUUAGCACCGUGCUCUUCGCGGCUCUCCUGGCGAUCGUCGUGUGGCAGCACAACCAGAUCCUCGUCUUGAAAGAGAGGGUGGAGUAUCUCUCCCAGGCGGCGUACAUCCAGGAGACCCCCAUCACGAUCUCCCGCCCGCGCUGCACGACCCUCUUCCCGAGCUCCCUGUGCGAGACCAGCAAGGAGCUGCUAGGGCGCUUGCGAUCGCGCUUGAUCAACGAGUUUGCCUAGAUUCUCUAGAGAUUUCCAGCGAUUUCUAUCCCCCCGAUAGAAAUCGAGAGAACUUCUUCGUCAUUGUCACUCUCACAUACAUUGUCUAAAUUCCAUUUUUCUCUUUUCCGCAA